UACUGGUUCUCAAACUAUUUGCUUAAUAGGAAACAAAGAGUAUUUGUAGGCACUUCAUUUUCAGAUGAACAAUACUUUCUGAAGUUCCAAUAGACGCUAGCAUUAUUCAUGUCAAUUGUAACGAAUCAGAAACAGUUGAAAGGUCGUUUGAUAAUGUACCUCUUGACAGUUGUGAUGAUACAGCUGAAACUGGUACAGAAUCAAAUAACCGUUCAACUGAUUCUGCUUCGGAGGCAGACACAGAAGAUCAAUGUAAUAAUAUUUUCACUGGGAAACUUGACUCAGCAUUUAUGGAAACACAAAAAGCUGUCCAUCUUUUGACAAAUGUAUCGGGUGAGGGGUUGGGCAAAAUUCCAGGGGGCGCUAAAGAAAACUCUUAUUUUUUAGUAAACAACACAAAAAAUUUUGACAAGCGCUCCCGUAGCAAAAAAAGCAGUUUCUCGGACGAUUGUGGCGUCUGGAACACUGAAAGUGGUACCUCUCCCAAGACAUUUUAUCUUUUGGGCAAUAAUGGUGACCUGUCCGUCAUUUACAAAAAAGAUAACGUCUUCUGUAGGUUAACACGCGUCCAGCGGAAAAGGGAAUAUGUACCUAUGAAUCCUCAACCUGACAUAUCUCAGGUUGUAGCGGUUCAUAGGUAUUAUACUUCCUUGAAGUUGGACCCAAAUUAUAAGAAAAAGGUCACCUGGUUGGGAGAGGGGGGCUUACAAAGUCAGUUAGCUUUAAUUGAGUAUGUAGGUAAAUUUCCGGGUCUUGGUUCCCAUGGUAAUUCGAGACAGCAAACCGAGUACCUACGGACACCUGACUACGUAAUGGAUGAAGUCACGGAUUUACUAUCAAAUAACAAACCCAAACAGGUCUUUGAUAAAAUGAAAAGUAAGCAUGACGUAUCUACUCGCCCCACUGGUCUUCAACAAAUCCGUGACAAAAAAAAGAAUAUGACAAAGACUAACGGGCAACAUUCAUCUUCACGUAAGAAUGUUGCAGACCAUAUACUGAACUUAGAAAACAUGGUGUCAAAUAAUCAUUCCUAUGUGAGGUCAAUCAUCCGCAAUAACGGUAAGACACCAUGUAUCAUUCUAUACACUGAUGAGCAAAUGACGGACUUACAAAACAUCUGUUGUCAAGGUCAUACAGUCCUAGGGGUGGACAAAACUUUCAAUUUAUGUGACAUGCACGUCACGGUCACCUGUUAUAAGCAACUUAGUGUUAACAGACAACGGACGGACGAUCAUCCCAUAUUCAUUGGUCCAAUUUAUCUGCAUGAUAACAGUGACUUUGAGUCGUACUGCCACUUUUUUUAUCAUUUGAAAAUGAAACUCUGCAGCUCCCCCUUGGACAAAUUAGUCAUUGGCAGUGACGACGAACGCGCUCUUGUAAAAGCAGUUACAACAGCGUUCCCUGAGGCUACCCAUGUGCUUUGUACGCGACAUCUGCGUCAAAACGCAAAACAAAAACUGACUGACGAUGCUGUGACGUUACGGGAUCGGACAGAAAUUCUGGAAAUGAUAUUUGGUGACGGUGGAAUCUUAGACAGUGAUGAUAGUAUCUGCUUUGAAGAAAAGUGUGAUCGGUUAGAACGUCACUGUUUGGAAAAAUCACAAAACUUUGUGCGCUAUUUCCAAGACAGACUUAGACCGCAGCUCAAAACGAAGGUCAGUGACCCCUCGUUAAAUGACAAAAUUGACAGUCAUUGGACGAACAAUAAUUGUGAAUCCAUGAACCAUGUCCUUAAACAGGCCAUUGACUGGAAGUCUCAACCAUUGACAGACCUAGUCGACAUUCUACAUACCCUUAGUUAA